AGACCUGGUAGCUGGGGAACCGCAGUUCUGGGGAAGUUUGCAGGCUUCGCGUCCGGAGGCAUCCCUCGUCCAGGGUAUUCCGCAGGAUGGCGGCGGAGGGCCUCCCGCUGGGGCUUAACCUUGCUCCAUAGCAGCCGCCGAUCUCUAGCCGCCGUGGCCACGCGCGUACCCGAGUGCUGCCCAGCCUCAGCUGCGCCUCAGCCCGUCUUCGCCGUCACUCGGAGCUCUCCACGCGUCGCCACCACCCUAUGCUGUCCCUGGCCGCCGCAGUAGGCAUGGGCUGUUUCUGCGCAGCUCCGGAGGAAUUUUACUGCGAAGUUUUGCUCCUAGACGACUCCAAACUGACCCUCACCACCCAGCAGCAGGGUGUCAAGAAGUCAACGAAAGGGUCAGUUGUCCUGGGCUACGUAUUUCAUCACUUAAACCUAGUAGAGAUAGAUUACUUUGGACUGCGCUACUGUGACCGAAAUCAUCAAACGUACUGGCUGGACCCUACAAAGACCCUUGCUGAACAUAAAGAAUUGAUGAACACUGGACCACCGUACACUCUGUAUUUUGGCAUCAAAUUCUAUGCAGAGGAUCCAUGUAAACUUAAGGAAGAAAUCACAAGGUAUCAGUUUUUCUUGCAGAUCAAACAAGAUGUUUUACAGGGACGUUUACCUUGUCCAAUCAACGUGGCAGCACAACUAGGGGCAUAUAUAAUUCAGUCUGAGCUGGGAGACUAUGAUCCAUAUAAGCACACUGCAGGAUAUGUCUCAGAAUAUCGCUUUGUUCCAGACCAGCAGGAAGAGCUGGAGGAUGCCGUAGAGCGGAUACACAAAACUCUAGUAGGUCAAGUUCCUGCUGAGGCGGAAGUGAACUACUUAGGAGUGGCGAAAUCCCUGGAAAUGUAUGGAGUGGAUCUUCAUCCUGUUUAUGGUGAAAACAGAUCUGAAUAUUUUUUAGGAUUAACACCCAUAGGAGUUGUUGUCUACAAGAAUAAAAAGCAAGUAGGAAAAUAUUUAUGGCCUAGAAUCACAAAAGUUCACUUCAAGGAAACACAGUUUGAACUUAGAGUCCUGGGAAAAGAUUGCAGUGAAACUUCCUUCUUUUUUGAAGCAUGUAACAAAAUCACAUGCAAAUAUCUCUGGAAAUGCUGUGUAGAGCAUCAUACGUUUUUCAGAAUGCCAGAGAAUGAAUCCAACUCUCUGUCAAGAAAAUUCAGCAAGUUUGGAUCCAUAGGUUAUAAACAUCGAUACAGUGGCAGAACAUCUCUGCAAAUGACCAGAGAUCCUUCUGUACAUCUCCCCCGGCCUGACCAGUGCAUAGAAAGAAGUCGCAGCAAGACUUACCCCAAAAGAACAAAACAGGCAGGAUCUAAGAACAUGUGCCAGAUUACAACAAAUGGAGAAAAUGAAGGAACUACCAAAAUUAUUUCAUCUUCCUCUGUGAAAAGCUUUAAAAAGAUGAAAAAUGAAAACAGUCCAGAAACCCAAAGAAGUAAAACAAGUACUCCAUAGGAGGAAAAUGACCCACAGAGAUAAGGUGAUACACGUUUCCCUAGUGGGCUGUGUAAUUCUCUCAGUGACUGCAACAAGUCACCAAAAUUUCCUUACUCUCAGCGACAAAACCCAUCAGGAGGCAGUGAGAAUGAGCCUGGACAGCCAGUCCGAAGGAGAUCAUGGUCUCGCUGUAACACCAGCAGUGGCAGUGAAUCAGAAAAUUCCAACAGGGAGCAUCGGAAGAAGAGAAACAGAUUACGGCAAGAAAAUUACAUGGUUGACUCAGGUCCUCAGUGGGAAGCUGUGCUAAGGCGUCAAAAGGAGAAAAACCAGACAGAUCCAAACCACCGUCGAUCCAGGCACAGAUCUCGAUCGAGAAGCCCAGAUGUACACGCUAAAGAAGAACUGUGGAAACAUAUUCAAAAGGAGCUUGUGGACCCAUCUGGCCUGUCUGAGGAACAACUGAAAGAAAUUCCAUACACUAAAAUAGAGACUCAAGGUGACCCAAUCCGCAUUAAACAUUCGCAUUCCCCUCGAAGCUACCGUCAGUAUCGGCGGUCCCAGUGUUCUGAUGGUGAAAGAUCUAUCCUGUCUGAUAUGAAUGUAAAAACUGAUCUGGUGCCUCCACUGCCUGUUACACGAUCUUCAGAUGCAAAAGGUCUGAGCAUCCAGUUAACUCAACAGAAACAGAAUGGAUCUAAAGACAGCCUAAUAGAAGAAACAUCUCAGCUAUCCACUAAUUUCAAUGGAAAACCUACCACUAGGAUCAUAAAAACUGUACAGGUGUCACGCUUUAAAUUGGAGACUUGAGUGCCAUAACCAAAGAUGGUGAAAUGGCUUUUAUUCUGAGAUUCUGUGUGUGUGAGUGUGUGUGUGUGUGUGUGUGAGUGUGUGUGUGCAAGGGAAGGAAAUGAAAUCAGUAAUACAGCAAUUCCUUCAGAACACUGAGAAAGACAGCCUGCUUGAUGCAAAGGCUAAGUAAUGCCUUUAUCUCUGACACUGUUCUAGUAGCUUGAGUGAUCAAGGAGAAACUGUGUGAGUAGACAACAAAAAAGAAAAAUCUUAGUAAAGCUGAAAGAUGAUCAGUUACAUUUCCAAAAAAUGAACAAAAAAUGGCUGCAUCAAAACAGGCUUUAUAGUCUGCUCUAUAACUGAAUAGCCUGUUUCCAAAAAAAAUGACUGUUAACUGUCAUGAUCAGGACCAGAUGCUUCAAGAGAAGCAAAAUGGUCAUAUAUUUGGCCAAUUGUGCAAUACAGUGUGAUAUGGGGAGAAUUAUCUUCGCAAUUAUAUAUAUGGGGAUUAACUUGAGUCCUGAGACAUAAAGUCUCAUAGCUCUUUAGCUCUUACAAGGUUUUAGUCUAGCACAAUGGAUGCUUGUGUUGUUAAUAAAAAUGUUGGCUUAACAUGUAGCUUAGAACUAAUCGAAUUGGUAACACUCUUUAGCAGAGAAUUCCAGAGGUGAUAUAGACUUACUUUCCCGUGGCAGUUUUAAGUAUUCCAAAUUUUGAACACCUUUUUAUGCAGAGAGACUAUUUAAUUUAAUAUUCCAUGCCACAGAAAUACAUCUAUCACCUUAUACUAAACUACACUGGAAAAAGCUACACUGGAGAAUAUGUACUGUCCCACUGUAUUAAGGCUGCUUGACAAGUCACUUAAGUACCAGUUAAAUGAAACUUGUAGAGCAGGAUUUAAGACAGCUUGAAAAUAGCCUUUUCUUUAUUUUAAUAGAUUAGUGAAGUCUGCCUUUAUCAC